GUGGAGGGGAGCUGAGGGAGCGUCAGCCCGCGGAGCGGAGUCAGUGAAUCACCUCACCAGCCCCGGCAGAGCGCGCAGAGGACACCCGGCUGCUCGGUCAUAAACCACUUUUACGCGCAGGGGGAGCGACCCGAGAGCGCAGAUGUUGGCGUCGUGAGUGGAAGGAACCCGGCAGGUUUAUCCCCCCCAGAACUCACCUGGAAUACUCUGUGUGAUUGUUGGAGGCACAUUUUUUUUAAAAUAAUCAGAUAGAAGCCGGAGGACAUCUCCUGAGCAGGAUGAAGGGAUUUACACCUUUCUUCAACGUGAUUCUUCUCGCGCUGCUUGUCGGCACCGUGUCAACGAGCAAGUUAAAUGUACCGCGGCUGAGGCUGUCAUACAAAGACCUGCUGUCCACCAACAGGUCCUCCAUCUUCAGCGGACACCACGGCCAGCUCUCUCUAACCGCCGUCUUCCUGGAUGAGUACCGUGACCGCCUCUUCCUGGGAGGGAAGGAUGUCCUGUACUCCCUCCUGCUGGGACCUACCAGCAGCGAGUCCAAAGAGAUCUACUGGCCGCCGUUACCUGGCAACAGAGAGGACUGCAUUCAGACGGGGAAGGAACCACAGACGGAGUGUGCCAACUUUGUUCGCCUCCUGCAGCCCUACAACCGCACCCACCUCCUGGCCUGUGGCACCGGCGCCUUCCAGCCCAUGUGUGCCUUCGUUAAUGUUGGACACAGAGGAGAGCAUGUGUUCACGAUGGAUCCUACGAAUGUGGAGAAUGGACGCGGGAAGGUUCCACAUGACCCCAGCUUCCCCUUCGCUAGCACCUUCAGUGGUGGCGAGCUGUACACAGGGCUGACGGCAGAUUUCCUGGGUAGAGACUCAGUGAUCUUCAGGAGUAUGGGAGGUCGCUCCACCAUGAGGACCGAGAAUGAUGAGAAACUGCUCCACGAGACCAAGUUCAUCGCUGCCCACCUCAUCCCGGACAACGACGACAGAGACAACGACAAAGUGUAUUUCUUCUUCACCGAGAAGGCCACGGACGCAGGGGACAGGGAGGGGGCCAUACACACGCGCGUCGGACGAGUGUGUGCGAAUGAUGUUGGAGGCCAAAGAGUUCUGGUGAACAAAUGGAGUACCUUCAUCAAAGCCAGACUAGUCUGCUCUGUACCGGGACCUCACGGGAUCGACACACACUUCAACCAACUGGAGGAUGUUUUCCUGCUGAGGACUAAGGAUGAGAGAAACCCAGAUGUCUAUGCGAUCUUCAGCACCAUCAGUAAUGUGUUCCAGGGUUUUGCUGUGUGUGUUUACCGCAUGGCUGAUAUCAGAGAAGCCUUCAACGGACCCUUCGCUCAUAAAGAGGGCCCCGACUACCAGUGGGGGGCCUACGAAGGCAGGGUACCUUAUCCAAGACCUGGUGUGUGCCCAAGUAAAAUCAUCAACCAGCCAGGCAGAGAGUUUGGCAGCACAAAGGACUUCCCUGACUCGGUGCUGCAUUUUGCCCGCAACCACCCGUUGAUGUGGCGGCCGGUGCAUCCCGCCCUGCGCCAGCCUGUGCUCGUAAAGGCUAACAUUCCUUACAAGCUGAAACAAAUCGUGGUGGACCGGGUCGAGGCGGAGGACGGGCAGUACGACGUCAUGUUCAUAGGCACAGACGUUGGUACAGUGUUGAAGGUCAUCGCUUUGCACAGUGGGAACAGCCUGGAGACUGAGGAAGUCACUCUGGAGGAGCUACAAGUCUUUAAAGUGCCAACUCCAAUUACAUCAAUGGACAUAUCAGUGAAAAGGCAAGCCCUGUAUGUGGGCUCUCCAGCAGGUGUAGCGCAGGUGAAGCUGCAUCGCUGUGAGACUUAUGGGAAGGCCUGUGCUGAGUGCUGCCUGGCCAGAGACCCUUACUGCGCCUGGGAUGGAUCACUAUGUGCACGAUACAUGCCCAACAGCAAACGCCGCUUCCGCAGACAGGACAUCAGGCAUGGAAACCCUGUGCUUCAGUGUCUGGAUCAGAACCUGAGUGAAGAGCUUGAUGUGAUGGACGACAGGGUGGUGUAUGCGACGGAGAACAACAGCACCUUCCUGGAGUGUGUUCCUCGCUCUCCACAAGCUUCCGUUACCUGGCUCGUCCAGCGUGACGACCGCAAGGAAGAGGUGAAGCUGGACGAUCGCGUGAUGUCCACAGAGCAGGGCCUGCUGUUCCGUCGUCUCUUCCGCCAGGACGAAGGUGUUUACAUCUGCCGCUCCCGAGAACACGGCUUCACACAAACCCUGGCCCGCCUCACUCUCGAAGUCCUCCAGGGGGAGACUGUGGACGAGCUCAUGGCACGUGACAGCGCCGGUCUCUCUGACUCCUUCAAAGACCGGUCUUCAGGAGGCUACAGGGCCUGGAUGCCCUGUAGCGCUUACAGCAGGAGCGGCUCUUCAAGCCAAAUUGGCCAGUCACGCACGUGGUUCAAAGAUAUCAUGCAGCUGAUUGGGCCGUCGAACCUGCCACAUGUGGAGGAGUACUGCGAGAGGAUGUGGUGCAACGACAAGCUGAGGCGGAAACACAAGAGCAUGCUGGAGAAAUACCGCCAGGCGCAGGACAGUGCCAGGAAGGCUCGCAGCAAGAGCUCUGGUGAACGGAACCGGACGCCAAGGGAUCUCAGCGCAUGGGAAGAGUAACGGAGGGAGAGCAAGCAGGGGAACAUAAAAGAAAGAAAAGGAGAAAGAUUCCACUACAGGACAAAAUUGAUUUAACAGCAAAAAGGGUCAAAACCAGCAUCAACUCCCAAUGGUUGAAACUUUGGCACUUGGCGUUGUAAGAAUGAGGUAGCUCAGAGCUGAUCGUAACAGAGUGGAUUUUUUAUAAAAUCAGUGUAUUUUUAGGUCUGGUGUUAGGGGUUGGUUCUGGAUAGGACCCAGAAAAUACAGAAGUGUUUGGUUGUCUGGAAGGACGGAGCCAAAAGAGACUGCUACUGAACUGAACAGGCUGUUCCUGAUGUAAAAGUAUAAAGAUUUUGAAUAACGAGGAGACCAGAGACAAUCUUUCAAAUACAAUCAGAAGAUGCAAACCAAGGACUCAUCCCUCGCUCACAUUCAAGCUCAUGUAUACUUUAACUGAUACUGAAAUAGCAGACAUUGCUUUCAUUUCAUCCAGUCAUAAAAAAAACUUCACAACCUCAGAUUUAUUAAACAUAUGCAUGCUUUCGGACUGAUUUUACAGACAGCCUUGUGUACUCUUUGAACUGUUCAUGUUGGCUUUUAGGAUUCCUAGACUGGGGCUUCAAGAGAGAGGACCAUCACUUCACACUCUAUAUCUUUGGAUCGCAAAAUUAAAAAGUGACGCCCUGACACACAAGGACACAAACACUUUGUUUCCUUUAGUUCUCACUACCCUUUCCAUCCAAGUUCGACACAGUCACAUUUCACACAAUCACAAUCACUGGAUUUAUAACUUGGUAUUUAAUGGGCCAUGUUUCUUGCCUUGCUCUGCAUGUUUUGAUUAAAUAUUCAUGUGUGACUUCAGUUUAAGACAUAACUGACUUUGCAGUGUAUUUAUGAGAGUCAUAUAUGGCUAAUACACACAAGCUUAGACACUCACUGUAUCUGAUCAGUGUACAUGGACACACACCACCAUAAACUCAGAUCCCACUCACCCAUCACACUGAAGCAUAAGCUCAACUAGCUCAAACUGGAAGCUACCGUGAGACGACUGUUGAUGGUUCAACAGAUUAAAGGCACAUUGCUUUGUUUUUACUGCUGUGGGGUAAACGUUCCAUUAAACACCAGCUCCAGAUCCAGAUUCCCCCCUCACCGACCCUUAGAGGGAUAUUUCACAGAGGCUUUUUUUCAUGCUGUUGGGUGCAUACCGCAACACCUCUGGGAAUGUACCUAAUGACUGCAGUCAAGCUCUGAUAUUUGCAUCCUUGGGGAUCAUUAUGCAUGUCAGCCCAAUGAAAACUAAGUCUGUGACAUAAAAAUUAAUCCAGCAAGUGGACCCACAAAUGGGAAUUAUUAUCCAAUUUUUUGGUUAUUCAUUUUUAUUACAUGAGCAAUUGUUUGACAUGAUGGCCAUUACCAUCUUGUUUCUUUCGGAGCCUGAAGUUCCCCAAAGCAUACCCUGCUUUAUUGUUUAUAUUUAACUCUAAAUGGGACCAUCAUGUACAAAAUGAACAUCACGCUGUAUUGACAAAGACUUGAAACUAGCGAUUGAGACCAUAAACUAAGUUGUGCUAAAUGUUUACUGCAGUUAGUGAGAAAAGGAUCAUUUUCUCAUAGGCUUACAUACAAUAAAACUUCAUUUUGUAACCACUGAAGUUGGCAGUUACAAUUUUUCAGAUCCAGAAGCUCUGGCCAUAUUUAAAAUCAUUGACAGUCCAAAAAAGGUGAAACAUCAGAUUUUAACGAAGCCCAAGGUGAAAAGUGCUUUCGUCUAUCAAACCAACAGUUAAAAACAUCCAAAAUGGAGAAAUUACAUAACCUGACCUCCUUGCAGUAACCUCACCUCACAUUUUAAUCAUCCACUAAACUCAUGUUCCCACAGUUUCUCUGUCCCAAGUGACAAUAAAAGGAACAAUAGAAGGGGUCAGCUUCAAUGGCCGAGUCCCCCUGUGCUUUCUGCUUUGUAAACACUGGUUUUAAGACGGUUCAUGGCUUGAACACAUGAUAAUCCACACUGUUACUGUCUUCAGGUUUGUUGUUAAAAUAUAACUUUCAUGGUGAACAAAACCAAAAAAGGUUUUCCUUCAACAGGUAGCAGUUGGUGACCCAAAUAUGGGUUCAGACGUAAUAAAAAGAGGGAAGGAGAGGAGAGACAGAAGGUAGGCGAGGAUAACAAGCUUCAGUUUCAGUUUCAGUGAGGGGCUGUUUGAGGAAGGAAAUGAGACCUAAAAAUAAUCAUAGAAUGACAAAGGAAGAUAAUGUGAAUAUUGUAAACUGAUUGUGUUUUUAAAUGAGUUUGAGGAGUUGCUUUCAUCGGUAUCACCUAUGUAACAAUUAUAUUACAUCAAUGGAUGAAUUGCAGUCCUCUAGUGACCUCCUCCAGCCCCAUUCAAAUUACGGCUACAUAGACCAUAUGUCUACAUACACCUAAUAAACAUUUGAAAAAAAAUGUGCCUAAAAUGUGUCUGUAGUAAGGGAUUGUCAAAUCAAAAAUUUGAUUUUUGAUUAAUCGUUCUUCUUUAAUCUUUGUCCCUGUGUGUAAGAAAUCCAAGCUGUUAAUUUCUUUGCAGUCAUGUGUUUUCAAUCAUAAACUGUACAAAGGUUAACCAUGCUUAUUGGAUUAAUUUGAUGACAACUCCACACAUGCAGAAACACAAUCUGUUGCUGCCAAAGAAUUAAGGACCACCAAUAUGGCUGCCAGAGUGUGAAAUCCUUACCAUGUGUGUACGUGUGGACGGUGGUAUAUCAAUUAUGGGAGUCGUCUCAUUGUUUAAAAUUAGCCAGGAAGCACCAGUGAACUUGGUGACCUUUUUCUAACCUUUAUGGCGUGUGAAUGGCUUCUAACAGAACAAUUAUCAGGCUGGAGGAUUAAUUAAAAAGGCCAAGAGCGAUUUUAAGGCAUGAAUGAAUCAAAAGAAAAGGUACUAUUAGCAUCUUGUGGAGGCUGUAUUUGAAAGACAUACACAUCUUUAUCAUUAUUAAAACCCAUUUCACCACAGUAAAUGAGUAUGAAGUGAGUAUUUCAAAAUGAGGCACAUUAUACUUUGUACAGCACACUCUAGCUAAGUUUAUUUUCUUAGUUUGAGGACGGUGAGACCAGCUAUUAAACUCUACUUAUGGUGUUUUGUCUAAUAAUAUUGUUUCUGAUGUGUAUCUAAAAUGAAAUAAAUGAGAGAAUGACACUUAAUUUAUCUUGAACAAAAAAGUUCCUUGUUUGCAACCAUCUUUGAUUUCAAUCUUGUAGUUUUUUUGGUGACAGCUACACAUGUACUUGGUCUGGUCUUUGGUUUAUGAAGAUGAUAACAAAAUAAAUUACUGCCACCAGAAUAUUAGGAAUGUGAUUGAGGUAUAGCGUUUGUGAUUGAUUGUACAGUCUCAGUGUGUAAAAUUUAGAAAAAAAAAAAAAAAA